AUGUUCGAUUGUCUUCGUGUAAAUGCACCCAACUCCAUCCGGCAACUAAAGCUAGCCAGAGCCCACGUUUUAAUCGUUGGUUGUGGCGGACUGGGAUGUCCUGCUGCUGUCUAUCUCGCCGCUGGAGGUGUCAUUAAUAUUACCCUCGUGGACGAUGAUGUAGUUGAGGUCACCAAUCUUCACCGUCAAGUAAUGCACUCUGAGGAUAAAUUGGGUUGUCCGAAAGUUGAAUCACUUGCUCAGAAGCUAAAAAGCGUAAAUAGCUCAGUUCGCAUAGUUACGAGGAAUGUCCGUUUAACUAGUGAAAAUGCCUGUGGCAUAAUUUCAGGUCACGACAUUGUCUUGGACUGCACCGACAAUAUAACCACACGCUACCUCCUGAACGACGCCUGUGCAGCUUGUGGUCCCAUCCCCUUGGUGAGUGGAAGCGCUCUGCGCUUCGAGGGCCAGAUGACUGUUUAUCUUACUCACCGUCCGCCCGAACGCGAUUCCUCCGAGUGCGAGACAAAGCGGCUGAGGCUGAUUGACGAGGAAAAAGUACCUUGUUUCCGCUGCAUCAACCCCUCACCACCGCCCGCUGUUCAAGCUUGCUCCGAUGCUGGGGUCCUCGGUGUCGGCAAGUUCUUUCCCUCUAUUUGA